ACAAGUUUGAGAUGUUACGCAAGAAUUACGUGUUGUAAAGUCAUUCAACGCGAAGAAAGCUGAAGAACCAGUCAGAGAUUUUGACUAUUAAAGAACCACAAUGUUGACACUGCUUGUCCUGACAACUCUGGCCAGCCUGGCUGUCACCAGUCCUGUUCUCCCCUCCCAAACAUGGCCGCCGGCCUUCUGUAACAAACUGGAGUGUCCCAAAUACACCAUGGUCAAGUCUACAAAGGAUUAUGAAGAGCGCCAGUACGACCCAGCUAAGUGGACCAGCACCACCAUCUCCGGUAUGAGCUAUGACGACGCCUCCAGGACCGGCUUUGAGAGACUCUUCAACUACAUCUCAGGAUCCAACAAGGGCCAGGUUAAGAUCCCGAUGACGGCGCCUGUGCUGGUGAAGGUGGAGCCCGGACAGGGCCCGUUCUGCAAGUCUAACUUCACCGUGUCGUUCUUCGUGCCGUUCGCGGACCAGACCAGCCCGCCCGAGCCGUCUGACCCUAACGUCUUCACCAACCCUCUGGAGGGAAUGACUGCUUUCGUCAGAUCUUUCGGUGGAUUCGCCAGCGACACAGAUUGGACCAGUAACGCUGAGGCCCUUGCCAAGAGUCUGGAUAACGCCACAGUCAGCUAUCACAAGGACUUCUACUACACAGCCGGGUACAACAGUCCCUUCCAACCGACAGACAGGCACAACGAAGUCUGGUACAUCAAGGCAGACUAGGAAAAUAGCAAACUUUA